AUGGCAAGUGUAGGCGAAGGUCACUGUCAUAUGCGUUCUCGGCUGUUACAGUAUGGACAGUGAUUUUUGUGUAAACGAUGCGAAUACAACAGUAUGUACAGAGGUUUCGUUGUUACAUGAAAACAUGGUAAUUUGACGUCCUUGAGCUAUCGGGACCGACUCUGGACAGGCGACCCAAUAAACCGGUCAACCUACUGUACGAAAACAAAUCACAGGAGGCAAUGAGCACAAAGCUGUAAGUAAGCAUCCACCCUCUAGAUGGCAGCAACCAAUCAAUGAUAGGGGAUUGAGUGCGCCAUUCAAUCAGUUAAGAGACUUGAUAGUCUCGUGAAGCCACGGUUUGGUGCGGCUGAGUGGGUUUUAGCCUCUUGUCACUUGAAGGCCUGGAAAAGAUGGACGUCACCAUGUCAUCUCUGUUCUUUAAUGACGAGCUGAGCUCCACCGUGGAGCAAGCGGUGAAGACUGCCGUACAGACUGUGUUGUGUGAGGUGACCGUUCUCCUCAGCAGACAGCUGUCCGCCCUUCGCCUUGGUUUAUCUGAGAAGGAACACGAAAUCCUGCGGCUUACGGAGAGACUGGAAGCCCUGCAGAGUGGGAGCAGCUGUGGUCUUGAAGCUCACGGCGGCUCGGGGUUCGCGCGACCAAGGCGGCCGCGCGAGGAUGUUCGCCUCUGCGCCUCCCCUGUUGAAAUCGUCCUCCCCGCUUCUCCAGAAGAAAGCAGAGAGACGCUACCUCGGACGAUGAGAAGUGUCCGUUCGCGGGUUCGGCUAACCGCCCACAAGCAUCCUUCGGGAUUCCGAGCGCCACCAGCCGACGGCGAUGCCUGCGGCGUGCGACUCGAACAGCGCCGGCCGAGCCGCUGGAUGACCGGAGACAGAGGUAAUGAAGGCUUUACAGAGAAUGACCUCUGUCCAGAAUCAAAUCAGCUCUUAAAUGAUUUGUGUGUCACUGUUUUUGAUGGUAAGCAGAAUCUGGAAAGUUCUCAGAUUAAAGAGGAUGUCCUUUUUCAAGAGCAUUUCCAGAUUAAGGGAGAGAAUCGAGCUAAGCAAAGGUCAGGACUUAAAAAUCACCCAAAUGUAGAAGAAACUUGUAUCUUAAUCAAAGAAGAGGACUCUGAUUUGGAAUCCAUCUGUUUUGGUGAGAAUGGUACUGAAUUAGAAUCCGCUACUGUGAAGGAAGAAACACUUAGACUGUUCGAGGUUUCCACAAAUAAAAAAGUUUCAGAAUGCCGUCCAACUAAAAGGAAAGAAGAAAAUAUGGAAAUAGGGUUAGUUAAAAAUAACAAUAUAAUUACAAAAUCUUUAAAAGGUACAUGUGUGACUGAAACAUCUGUUGGGUAUGUGAUAAAUCGAAAAGUUCACCCUAGAAUUUGCCAAGAGGACACAUGUUACAUCUGCAGUGAAUGUGGUGCUAGUUUUGGCUUGCCUUCUUCACUCAAACAACAUCAGCGUGUUCAUAACAUGGAAAAAAUAUAUCGCUGUGCUCAAUGCGGUGAGAAAUUUAGUCGUACAGAAAUGCUGAAGCACCACAGAAGAGUCCAUGUGGGAGAGAAGCCUUUUCCUUGCCCUCAGUGUGGAAAAAGAUUUAGCCAGGUAAAACACCUCAAAGACCACCAACUGAUUCACAUGGACACAAAGCCUUAUAGUUGCGGUGAAUGUGGGUUUAGCUUUAUUCGUCUAGGUACUCUCAAAAGGCAUCAGAAAAUCCACACUGGGGAAAAACCUUAUCCCUGUAAAGAAUGUGGCAAAAACUUUAGCAGGUUGGAGACUCUUAAAAAACAUCAGCGUGUUCAUACUGGGGAGACACCGUACCAUUGCACCCAGUGUGACAAAAGCUUUAGUCAGCUAGGAACCCUAAAGACACAUCAACGUAUCCAUACUGGAGACAAGCCCUAUCAGUGCUCUGGCUGUGGGAAGAGGUUCACAUUUUGUAGCCAACUAAAAAUGCACAAAUGUCAGAUUGUAAAAUGGAAAGUGUGAAAUGCAUCUGUAUAUACAUCAAAAUCCAGAUUUAAUUGAUAGAUGCAUUUUUUCUUUUAAAGGAAGUGGUUCACACUUUAUGAUAUUAGGGCUCAUUGUAUCAUUUACCAGGGUUGAGGAUGGUGUUGGACAAAAUGGCUGUGCACUGCUUAGCUCUGUGUGUGUAUAUCUAUGAAUGGAAUGUGCCAAGAGCUCCUGGGUUGGCUCUGGACCAUAAAUUGGAUUAAGUAGGUUGAAAUGUUUAUGAAUGUUAGGUAGAAUUCAUAUCACUACGUUUAAUAUGCUUACUUAUUUUUCAUAUUUUUAGUGUUUUUUUUCUUCAGAGUUAUACUUUUUUGAAGUGAGCAGCAUGUGUUACUGAUUGACCGUGGUAUCAGCAGUGCAGCAAUGAAAACAAAAAUAGAAAUGAAUGCCUUCCUGAGAACAACACCUUCAUAUGCUUGGCCAUUUUCUUUCAUGCUAGAAGGAGGAGGAGGUGGUCUGAGGUAUUAUUCCUGUCCAAGACAGAAAUAAACAGAUUGUUAAUAAUCAACUUUGUUACCUUCAGAUUGCCAGCCUAUCCUGGAGGUUACUCUUUACGUAUUCAUUGCUUCCUACAUUUAAAAAAUGCAAACAAUAGAAAAUAUGUCUGAAAGUUUAUAUGGGAAGAAUUGCUGAGACACUUGGUUUACUAAGGCCUUGUUGCAAUGGGAAGGAGCAGUUAGACUUGUAGGUUAUAUAAGCAGGACUUAGACAGAUAUGGAGAUGAGGCAUCUGACUUGUUUAUCUAAUUCAGGGCAGUAGGAUACAUAGUCUAACAUGGUAGCAUUGAGAGCGAGAGGAUAAUUAGAUUGGAUAAAACUAGAUUACAAUUGCGACCCGCUGGGCUGGCUACUUUGAGCAUCAGUUUAAACCUCAUCUUCCUGCUAGGAUGUUGGACGUCUCUGGGUCCACGGUUCUUGAGGCUGAUCUUCUAGAUGUGAUCCACCCAGUCUCACUGAGAUUGCACAGGUGGUGAACAAGCUGAGGGUAGGGAAGGCUGCAGGGAUCUGUGGAAUCCAGGGUAAACUUCUCCAGGCUGGUAGAAAGGCUGUCCUCUUUGCAUUGCAAGCAAUCUUUGCUUCCAUUUUGGAGAUGGGUGUCAUCCCAACUGACUGGACAAUGGGACUUGUCAUCCCUAUCUGGAAAGGGAAAGGUGAUCACCUUGCAGCAACUACAUGGAGAUAAUACUGCUGUCAGUGCCGGGUAAGGUCUUUGCUAGGGUUAUCCUCAAUAGAAUCCAUGAUCACUUGCUCACCUACCAGCGACCAGCGCCGUCUGAUUUUAUGCCUAAGAAGUCAACUUCGUCUUGGCACUGAGGGUUCCCAUGGAGCACAAAUACAAAUAUUGGCAGAGUUUCUUGGCAGCCUUUGACUAUUUCUGUGAAGUGUUCGACUCAGUUGAUUGAGCUGCUCUGUCAGAUAUCCUGAGACUUGCAGGAUCUCCCAAAAGUUGCUGAAUAUGAUGGCUGGCCUAUACACUGGUACUGUGAGUGCUGUACAGAGUGGAGGCAGUAAAUCUGCGUUUAUCCCUGUUGAUUCUUGGGUUCAUCAGGGUGUGUUCUUGCUCCUACUCUGUUCAGUGCUGGCAUGGACUUGGUGUUGGGCAGGUUUCAUGGGGUCCAGCCUCUGUGGGGCAUCUGUUGGUGAAGAAAGGUUCACUGAACUUGACUUUGCCAGUGAUGCUGUGAUUUUUGCAGAGUCAAUGGAGGUUUUGAUCAGGGGUCCCAAGGGACCGAUGGUGAGGAGUCUUUGUGUCUGGGCUUGCGAGUGUCCUGGAUAAAAACCAAGAUCCAGGUUUUUAAUGAUCUGUUGGGCACAUCCAUCAGCAUUGUGUCUGCGGAGAGAGUGUUGACCUUGUUGAGAGGUUUACCUUGGCAGCAACAUUUAUGUCUCGGGUGAUUUCCUGUGAAGUCAAUAGAUGGAUUGGGGGUGCAUGGGGGAUUCAUGAGGUUGCUGGAAAGGGGUGUGUGGCACUCCUGAUAUCUUUGCAAAAGGACGGGUGAUUUCCUGUGAAGUCAAUAGAUGGAUUGAGGGUGCAUGGGGCGGGGGUCAUGAGGUUGCUGGAAAAGGGUGUGUGGCACUCCUGAUAUCUUUGCAAAAGGACGAAGGUCCAAGUCUUUAGAGUCCUGGUGCUUCCUGUUUGGCAGUAUGGUUGCUAGGCAUGGGCUCUACCCAGUGACCUGAGACGAAGACUGAACUCCUUCGAUACUGUGUCUCUUUGGAGAAUCCUUGUGUACUGCUUAUUUGACUUUGUGUCAAACGAGUGGUUGCUCACGGAGUGCUAAUUGAGGCACAUUACCUGCAUAUGGCCGUGUGGUGUGAUUCUCUGAGGGUGAUCUGGCCCACAGGUUUCUCAUUGUUGAGGACCUGAGUGGGUGGACUAGGUCAGAGGGGAUGCCCACGUACCACCUGGCUGUGCAGAUAGAUGGUCAUUUCUGGGGGGUGGAACUGGACUGCGUGUCUGUCUGGGGUAUUGCCAACCAGGAUCCCAAGCUGUUUUGUCGUGUGGUGGGUGCUCCCUGACCUGAAGUAGAUUUGUUCCAAGAGGAAAAUCUGUCCUUUCACAGAAGCGCAAUAGAUAAAUACAUAAUGAUUAUAACAAAGAAAUCACACACAAGAAUUACUAAAAUGAAAGGGUUUAAAGUUAAAAAAGAGCAGUUGUUGUGAGUUCAAUAAUCCACGAAGAGGCCCCAGUCCAACUAAAACUUACUAAUGUUACAGGGGAUUUUUGUAUUCCAGCGUAUUUAGCAUUACAUUGAGCCCGAGUGUUAGAAAAGCUGAAUGUCUCCUAUUAAUACCUUUUGGUUUUUAAUAUGGGAAGUUGAAAUGUGUUCAAGAAUACUGAUUAAUAAAACAGUAAUACACUUCAUAUUGUUAAUAUGGGUUUUGUCGUGUAUACUUUGUUGAAGCAUCAAACCUUGGCAUUUGUACUAUGGAGAGGAAAAUAUUUCCACGGAGGUAUAAACUGCUGGAACAAGUUUGUGGCUCAGGCUACAAAAGGUGAAUCCCAUUCCUUGAAAUAGUGUCACUGUUUAAAAUGUCAGUCAUUCUUGAGCUCAUAUUGUAGUGAAGUUGUCGAUACGGCUUUUAAAGAUGUGGGUCUCAGAGGUUUAUAUCUCAAUUUACAGAUUUAGUGGUAGAAUUCCAGACAUGUGGGGCUUUGAGCAUCUACAGUACAGAAUGACUUUACAUCUUCUGACUUUAUUUACCCAAAGUUGUGUGCAACUACAGAUGUGUGUUUAUUUCAAUAAUUUCUUGAGCUGUAAUCCAAUUUGCAAUAUUCCGACUCCUCCUAGAAGGACAUAUGAAGCACUAUAUAAAGAUAUAUAGUGGUGUUAAAGCAGACCUCCAUUGAUCACUCAAUAUUGGUUUUCCGAUUGUGGUUCCUGUCCAUAUAUAAAAUAGUAUGUGCAAUAAGGGAUUACUUAAUCGAAAGCCAGAGUGUCUUUGGUUUAAGAAAUUAGUUUUUUUUUUUUUUUUUUUUGCAUUGACUUUUUGUAAAUAUACUGUAAAUGCUGAAGUGUCUGUGUGGUUAUUUGCUCUUCUACAGUACUGUGGCUAUUAAGGGUGUAAAUGACUCAUCACAUAAUUUGAAAAGCAUUUUUACAGGUUUUAGUGGAGACUGUAAUUUGCUUUUACUUGCAUAUGCCAGGAAACACAAGCAGGCUUGAAUAACUGAGCACCCGCCUAUACGAGGAAAGCAAAAACCAGGGGACACUGUUGUGGUCUGUCAGAAUAUCGAAUGAACAGAUGUGUUUUCUUCUAAUGUAAUUACUUUCACAAAAAGAAAAUAUUUUUCAGGCAAUCUUACAUUAGUCUAAUCAUCUAUCCAUUUUCGUAUCCAGUGGAGGGUUGUCAGUUGGUGCCCGUAUCUACCCAGCAGGUUUAGUACAAGAUGCCAAUCCACUGCUAAGGCCAUUUUAAAGUUGUCACUUAUGUUUGACUAGAAUUGCAUUGUUUAUGUGCCAUGAAAGUGAUAACUAAACUUCUAAAAACAGGCUUAGGUAAAGUUGGAAUUUGUAAGAACAAACAUACAGGUGAUCUGUGCAUCACCUUCAUAUCUGUAAAUUUGGAAUUGGUGUCCUUGCCUGUUGGCAAAGAGGAUGUGACUUUGGUCAUUCAUCUUUAACCUUCAAAAUGAACACCAUCAGUUGGUAGCUAGCUGAUAAAAUUUAGGUUGUUUCCUUACCUAAAAGCAAUCUCUUUUUAUUAAUUGUUUGCUUUUAAGUCAUAGAUGAGGUGUCAGACUGUUUCUGGAGAGCUGCAGGUUUUUGUUGUGAUUCAUUUGUUGAAGUUCCUGAUUUCAUUGUACCUGCUGCCUGCCUUUCUGUUUACAUCUUAUAAAUGAAUGGAUGUGAAGCAAAAUAAUAAAAAGAUGCUGUCUGUAGUCUUUAUUUAUUUUGUUUCAUUAAGAAGCAACACAAUUUUGGUAGUUUCUAAGAUUUCAGACAAAUCUGAGGGAAUACGUCUAAUUAAAUGACAAUGAUUCAAUGGCUAGUUAGAUUUGAUUUAUAAAUUAUAAAAAAAAAACAUUCAGAUGUCUGUACAUGUCUCUUCUGCUUAUUUCAUAAUAAGGUUCAAAAUAAAACAAUUACAGUAUUCAUAUAGUUUUAUGUUUGAAGCUGAAACUUUUUGUUUUUUUCUGGUUUUCAGCUUUAAGCAGCAGUGACUUACAUUUGGGGGAAGAUGUGAUCAGAUAUGUGUAGCCAUUUAACACCAACGGCCUCUGUCAUCAGCACAGAUCUCCUGUAUGGAGGCUAACAAACAAGAUAGUAGUGGAUAGCAGAGCCUUUAGUUCAGAACAUGAGACCAGCACUCCUAAAGAACUUUGAGUUGUCACAUGAACUUCCACAGCUUCUGUUCUUGUGAAGAAGCAUCUAACACAUUUGUGGGAGAGAGUAUGGAAUACAGAUGGAAUAUAUAUUACUUAUUUAGUAUUAUAAAUAGAACUGACAGUAAAACAUUUUAUUCUUGUAAAACGACUGGCCUGGUAUGUAUUUCAUUCUUUGUAACUGUAGUGCUACUUGUGGAGUAUUUCAACAGACUUUUGGUUUACUGGAAUUGUGCUGCAAAUUAUCGUGCAAAUACAAUUCAGUUUAUUCUUAAAAUGUGCACAGCCCCAUAAAAGCUUGUGCCUCACACUAUUAACAGUUAAUUAAUAAACAGCAACAUCUGAGAUUCUUUAGCCAUUUUUGGAUGGAUUGUCAGCUUUGGGUGGAAUGCAGGAACCAGUGGAAGGAAUGUAAGGUUAGAGAUGGCAACUAACCUUAUAUGUGAUGUGGGAGGAAAAGCCAGCAGAUGCAGGGAACAUGGAUGUGAGUUAGGUGAGCAGGGCAGGAGGUGCUUUAUGGAACUGAGGAAGCAGCUUUAAGUGCAGUGCUGCCCUUUUACAAAAAUAAUACAAAUACAAGACAAGUCUGAAUGCAAACCAAACUUUAAAUAUGAAAACAACUUAGAGUAUUUGCUCUGAAGGAAAUAUUUAUGCAUAUAUUUAAUAAUUUUGUUAAAGUUGUCAAUCUGUCACAGUGUAGACAAACCUGGAGAAUCCAACAAAAAGUUAGUGAUGCAUGUUGUCCAAGGUGCCAGUUCAAACUCGGAAGAAAUUAAAAUGGCAAUGACACCAAGUCCACCACAGGACAAUGAGAAGGGGGAAGACGAAUAACCACUGAAAAAGUAAUACGAUCAGCCUCAGUAACACUUGUACAUAAUGCUAAGGUGCAGAGUCCUUAGGCUUGAUUCAAGUGUUACGAUGGACGUGAUACUUAAGUUUAAUAGAUUAAUUAUUGCAGAAUGCAGUGUCCCCAUUACCACAACUAGAAAGAAGGCCUGUAAGUUAUAGUGCAAAUGACAAAAAGACUACAGCCAGUCCAAAAGGAAAACAAUGGAAGGCCUGCUGGGACUUUGUGAACUGCUUUAAGUUUGUGUCACCUUUGGGCAGCAUUUCAACAGAUGCAUUUUGUAACAACAACAUCAUCUCACGUGGUGGGAUAAAACAAGCUGGUAACUUUUAAACCACAUUACGUUUAAGAAAUGGGGGUCCUUGAUGUGUUGAGUUACUGUAUUUGGAUGUAUGAAUUUAUGGGGGACAUGUUAGCUCUGCUUGUUUGUAUAUUUGAUCUCACUGUUAGAUAAGAAUUACACGUGUAACAGUAAAAUGCCGUGAUCUGCCUUCUGUGAUGGUCUUCAUUUAUAUUCUGCAGUAUGGAUGAAAUUUAACAGAAAUUGUUGACACAUUAUUUGAGCUGUGUCUGCACAGGUAUUAAAAACUCUGGCUGGCCAGCAUCACUCAGAAAAUAAUAAUCCAAAUAGUACAUUUAUAUUAGAUUUUCUGUUUUUACCCCGACUUUGAUUUAGCUGAUGCAUUUAUUCUGUUUGGGCGGCACGGUGGCGCAGUGGGUAGCGCUGCUGCCUCUCAGUUGGGAGAUUUGGGGACCUGGGUUCGCUUCCCGGGUCCUCCCUGUGUGGAGUUUGCAUGUUCUCCCCGUGUCUGUGUGGGUUUCCUCCGGGCGCUCUGGUUUCCUCCCACAGUCCAAAGACAUGCUGGUUAGGUGGAUUGGCGAUUCUAAAUUGGCCCUAGUGUGUGCUUGGUGUGUGGGUGUGUUUGUGUGUGUCCUGCGGUGGGUUGGCACCCUGCCCGGGAUUGGUUCCUGCCUUGUGCCCUGUGUUGGCUGGGAUUGGCUCCGGCAGACCCCCCGUGACCCUAUGUUCGGAUUCAGCGGGUUGGAAAAUGGAUGGAUGGAUGGAUUUAUUCUGUUUAUGAUGUCACUGAGCAAGCACAAUACUUGAAACGAAAGAUAUCUGAUGAGGAAGAAAUACUUUUUGAUCAAAGUGGUAUAGUUUCAUGUAAAAUAAAAGCAAA